AGUCCGGAAGGUGCAGAGGGACAGAUGGAGACAUCGCUGCUGCAAACGCAGUGCUUCUUAGAGAUCAGGAGCAGCACUCAGAGCGGGCUCUUGAUCAUUGGAAACCUUCCAGAGAAGUACUCCGAGCUGCAAGUCACUCUCAGCCCAUCAUCCAUACGUCUUUGCACUGCAGAGCAGUGUGUGAACCUAGAUUUGCCAGUAGGGGUCAGAAUUGUUCCUCCUUCGUGCCGCAGUCUCCAGUAUGUCACAGGCGAUGGAUUCCACAUGAGGCUGCAAGUUCAGAUUAAUCAAUCUGCAGAGCUUGUACCAACUGUCAUCGAAACCUUGCAAGCCCAGACAUGCUAUAACUUUCAAUGCCAAGCCUGUGGACAAUCUGUACUCAAGAAGCAGAUGUUCCAGAGGGUUUUACCAUUGCCUAGUGGAAAUUGGAAUGAUUUGGUGGAACACUGGUGCUGUCAUCCUGAUCCAUUUGCCAAGGCCUUACGACCGAGGUUGGAUGACUGUUUAUUAGGCGACACUUUCCUACUUGUGAAUGCGGUGAGCGUUGAUAAAACUGCGGUGCAUGAAGAGACGGUGAGACAGUCUGAUGUCAAGCAGGUGGUGCAGGUGGAAAGCGAAAAUAACACAAUCGUUUGCACACGCUGUAGAAAGUUGCUGGGAAUUGUGUCUUCAUCAGAUACUAUUAAAUUUUAUAUCACCGAGGUGCUGGUCCAACCCUUGACAAGUAAAGUUUUGAAAAGACAGAUACAUGAAAGAUCUUGGUUUGUGGAGACUGUGGUUGCUGGCCGGCUGAAGGAGUUUUCAACUGCUCAGUGUAGCUUCAGAUUCUGUAUUCAAGGGCAUGACGGAAAAACUUAUAUUCUGCUCUGGCUUUUGAAUUCGGAUAGCCUGCUGGUGAGAUCACACAAUGAUUCAAAUAGUGAUUUUACAAGAGUUGACAAGAACGCAGUUAAGCCUGAGUCGUCUCACAAGUUAUGUGAAGGAAACAACGCUGUCAAAGUACUGUAUCUGCCCUGUUUAAACGGGAGAAACAAACUGGUAGAAGAGAAGUGGGAGAAGAAUAUUUCUGUACACUGCAUGACCCUUCCAGUGAACACUUGCCUGCAGUUGUUACUCAUACUGGCUUCAUCAACUGCCUCUCUCCCUCCUUCACUACAGAACAUGAACUCUUUCAAGGUAGCAUUUUUGAAACUGGAUUGAUCGUAGUCGUUACCAGUUUGGAGGAGCCCUUGCAUUAGGAAAAAUAACAGACUUUCCAACUGUGAAAUAAUUAGAGAAUGAUGAAGAUCGGUUUACAAAGUACUGUUUAUUAAAACGUGAAUGUCAUAUAACAUGCCAUUUAAUCAUCCUUCAUGAGGGAAAUAUAAUGUCAGCAGGCAGUGCCCCUUCAAGAUAAAAUAUAACUUCCAGUUUUUUACCAGGGUGAUCAACAAUCCCUAAAUCACUUACCAGAAUAAAUCUCUGAAUCCCACUGAAACUAGUAAAGUUUAGUUAGGAAUACUUCUUCUCUGAAACAUUUACAUGAUAUCAAAAUCACUGCUAAACUGCAUAUUGUAAUAUGAUUAAGUUGAUUCAGUAAUCCAUUUAAGUGAAGUAUCAUCAGCUGUGACCUUUCCAAAAUAUUUCUUAUCCUCCUGGGAAAUAAUUUGCAUUUAUAUAUCACCUGAAAUGCAAUAAAGCAUGUCAAGGUGCCUUGCAGUAGCAUAAUAGAGGAAAUUGUGACAUUGAUUCACAGAAUGGGUUCUUUUGGUAGAUAUCCAAAAUCUUUCUCAAAAAGGUAGGCUUUAAGGAACAUCUUAAAUAGGAGAAUAGGGAGCAGGAUAUAUUUGUUAAAAAUUCUAGAAUGUAUUAAACAUUAAUUUUAUGAUACAUUACAAUUUAAUUACAGCAAACUUUGUUUUAACCAGUCCACUUUGAGCUGACACUCUUGAUAAAACAGACUCACUGAAUGUCCACUUUAUAGAACAGAUGUCUUUUGUUCAGAGGUUGAUAAACUUAAUGGAGUUAUCUUACAAUAUGAACUAGCGAUGGAAUAAGUUUGAUGCAUAACAACCAUUAGCAUAAAAUUAUUAUUUAACAUUACGGACUUAAUAAUUGAGAUUGUUAGCUAAAGGGAAUUAAUAUUUCCUAUUUGUGAGUAUGUGAACAAAGAUUUUAAUGGUAGGUUUGUUCAUAAGGAAAAUCUAAACAUGGUUGUACAUUGUGCAUUAUAUACACUGCAUGUCUAAUCUUUUUUCAGCUUAAUCCUGGCCAAAACCUCAGCCUGGGAAAGUGUUAAAGAAAGAAGUACCAAAGUGAGAUGUUGUGAAAAGCAAUGGUUAAUAGUCUAUUUGUCUUUUUAUCCUCCUUGAUUUUUAAAAUUUAAAUAUUUCUGUUUAUAUGAUGUGUUGCUGUCUGCAGUGAGGAUUGGAAGAUGGGAUUGUGAAUUUAUAGCAGUAAAUUAUGGCUGUUUAUCCAUCAGUUGUGAUCUUUUACUUGUGCCAGUUAGUUCACCUCCCUUGCACUUGAGCCUUUAUUAAAGGACUUAUUUGGCCAUCGACACAGCAAGAGAUUGAGGCCCCUUGCAAUUCACCAUUUCAACUUCAAGUCAAGUCUCUAAUCAUAUCUUAAGCAUAGAAGUAAACAUUCUGUGCUCGUUUCCACAAAAAAUAAAACGUAGUCUUUUUAACAUAUAAUGUGUUUAAUUUUCAAUUUAUAAUAAAUCAAACAAUAAUCAACAGAGCUUCUGAUACAUUGCAGAAUGCCCUAUCCAACCAUGGUGGGGAAAAGAAAAUAAACAUCUAUAGCCAAUUUAGGGAAAGGGCUGAGAAAUGCUCUCUAAUUUCCUUAGAUAAUUAUAUAACCCAAUUCUUAAUGCACAAAGUAUUUACCUAAUAGUGCACAGUCUAAAACCCUCAUUGCCUCCCCACAUGUCAAAGUAGUCUUUUCCCAAAGUUCCUCUUCUCCAUAACCUUUAAUGGUUACUGCUGUGCUGUAUAAGCAGAUUUCAAGUCGUCUUGAUCAAGUUUAAUUGGAUUUAUUUCCACUGAAUGCUCACUACUGCACUUGGCCAAGCCUCCAGUGUCUCCAAAUUUGUACUUAAUCUAAAAUUUCCAAGAGCGUUUUAUUUGUACCAGCUGAAAAAUUGUGAAUGCUUUCAGAUUCCAUUAAUGCUAACGACAGCGUCAUUUAUGAUAGACUUCGGUCCCGGUGCUGAACCCUUUGAAACUCUGGUCUUGACCUUGUGCAACAUAGAUCCACUUCACUUACUGAUAACCCCUCUGUGUAAAGAUUGAAACCAGUUACCUCUCCGGACAGUAACUGACUACCAAUCCCAUAAAGUGCAUUAUUGGAAAAAUUCACCGCACAUGAUACUUCAAUAAAGAUUUUCGGGAAAUCAAAGCACUUUAUGUAACAACUACAAGACAGCCAUCCUACAGUGAUUUGUAAAUUCUCUGAUAGAAUUCAGGUCAGUUAGUGAAGGGAGACUCCAUUGAAAAAUUGGUUUGUUUUACUCGCUCCUUAGAAAAUGAUAACAAUUUAAAUCAUGCAGUUAAAUAUAUUCUAUAUUCUGCCAGUCGAACAAGAGCAGAAUUGUGGCGUUAAAAAUAAUAUGGAUUUAGUCAGUCAACGCUGAAUGAAGUGAAUGUGCAUGGAAUUAGAUGAAUUUUCACCAUGGACAUGCCAAACCCGAACUGACACAUUGAAAGUAACAUUGAAAGUAUUGAAGCAUUCACGAUCCUGGAUUUUAUGAACAGUAAAAAGCAAAGAACUGAAGCUUUAGAAAAUACUGUUUCAGCUUCAGUUGGAGUAUUGCAUCCAAUUCUUAGAAUAUUUUCAGAAGGGCAUGACGGCAUUGCUGAAAGUUCUGGAAAGACUUCCAGGAAAUGUUUGCAAAGACGAGAGACUUCAUUUACAGAGACAGAUCAAUGCUGUUGGGACUGUUGACUUUUUAGAAAUGCGGAGACAAUAUUUGACAGAAUAAUUGAAAAAGAAAGUGCCAUCCUUACCUGGUCUGGCUGUCACGUGACUCCAGACCCGUGGCAAUAUAGUUGACUCUUAACUGCCCCCUGGGCAUUAACGGAUAGGCAAUAAAUCCUAGCCUGGCCAGCAAUACCGACAUUCCAUGAAUGAAUUUAAAAAAUGCUAAUAAUACUGUAUGAUUUAUUAACAACUCUUGCUAUCUGUCUUGCCAUACUUAAUAAAUUAUGCAAUUACACAGG